AUGCUAAUGGCCGGGCCGCCUCCCGCCGCACACAAUGCGGGCCGGGGCCGGGGGCGGGGGACCGGGGAGGGGGCGGGGGCCGGGCCGGGGGCGGGGGGGCCGGGGCCCGGCGCAUCUCCCCCGGCCCCACGUAACGCUGACGCCCGCGCCGCCGGCCCGCCGCCCGCCGCCGCCGCCGCCGCCGCCGCCCGCUCCGCCGCCGCCCGCCCGGGGCUCGGCUCACGUCCCCGUGCCCCGGUCGGCCACCUAGCGCCGUCGCCCCCGGCUUUCGACGGCGAACUGGAUCUGCAGCGCUACUCCAACGGGCCAGGCGUGAGCGCCGGGUCUCCAGGGAUGGGAGCAGUGGGCUGGUCUGAAAGUCGCGCAGGCGAACGGCGCUUCCCCUGCCCUGUAUGCGGGAAGCGCUUCCGCUUCAACUCUAUCCUGGCUUUGCACCUGCGGGCGCAUCCAGGCGCCCAGGCCUUCCAGUGCCCGCACUGCGGCCACCGUGCGGCGCAGCGGGCGCUGCUGCGCUCACACCUGCGCACGCACCAGCCCGAGCGCCCGCGAAGCCCCGCGGCGCGCCUGUUGCUGGAGUUGGAGGAGCGCGCUCUACUGCGGGAAGCCCGGCUGGGGAGACCUCGAAGCUCAGGGGGCCUGCAGGCCACCCCAGCCACCGAGGGCCUGGCGCGGCCCCAGGCCCCUUCGUCGUCCGCCUUUCGUUGCCCCUUCUGCAAAGGCAAAUUUCGCACCGCGGCGGAGCGCGAACGCCACCUGCACAUUCUGCACAGGCCCUGGAAGUGCGGCCUCUGCAGUUUCGGCUCCAGCCAGGAGGAGGAGCUGCUGCACCACAGCCUGACGGCCCACGGAGCUCCCGAACGCCCCCUGGCGGCCGCCUCGGCUGCGCCCCAGCCUCAGCCUCCACCCCAGCCUGAACCUAGAUCGGUCCCUGAGCCAGAGCCGGAGCCUGAAAGUGAGGCAACCCCCGCCUCCGCUCCUGCUGCUCCCGAGGAGCCCCCCGCGCCUCCGGAGUUCCGCUGUCAAGUGUGUGGCCAGAGCUUCACGCAGUCCUGGUUUCUCAAGGGUCACAUGCGCAAGCACAAGGCCUCCUUCGAUCAUGCAUGUCCUGUUUGUGGCCGCUGCUUCAAGGAGCCCUGGUUCCUGAAGAACCACAUGAAAGUGCACGCCAGCAAGCUGGGCCCACUGCGUGCUCCGGGGCCUGGUUCCGGGCCUGCCCGGGCCCCCCAGCCUCCUGACCUAGGUCUACUUGCCUAUGAGCCUCUGGGCCCUGCGCUCCUCUUGGCCCCGGCGCCCACCCCGGCUGAGCGCCGUGAGCCUCCGAGCCUCCUGGGCUACCUGAGCCUGCGAGCCGGCGAGACGCGGCCCAACGGUGAGGGCGCUGAGCCCGGGGCUGGCCGCAGCUUUGGAAGCUUCCGCCCCCUGCCCUCUGCUCUCCCAGCCCGGGCUCGCCGGCACCGCGCCGAGGAGCCAGACGAGGAAGAGGAGGUGGUGGAGGCAGAAGAAGAGACCUGGGCCCGGAGCAGGGCGGUGGGCCCUCUGGCUUCCCUGCCCCCGCGCCCGGGCGAGGCCCCGGGGCACUCUGCGCCUGCCGCGGGGGCCCAGGCGAGGUCCACCGCCACGCAGGAAGAGAAUGGGCUGUUAGCUGGAGGGGCCCGGCCUGAAGGGGGCCGGGGGGCCACCGGCAAGGAUUGCCCCUUUUGUGGAAAAUCCUUCCGCUCAGCGCAUCACCUCAAAGUGCACCUGCGAGUGCACACAGGCGAGCGCCCCUACAAGUGUCCGCACUGUGACUACGCGGGCACCCAGUCCGGCUCCCUCAAGUAUCACCUGCAGCGCCACCACCGGGAGCAGAAGAGCGGAGCCGGCCCCGGGCCACCCCCAGAGCCACCGCCCCCUUCCCAGCGGGGUUCGGGCCAGUCGUCCGGAGCCAAGCCGGCUCCGCAGCCUGCGACCUGGGUAGAGGGCAGAGCGAGCCCCCGGCCUCCCACGAGUGGCGGCGCGCCGGGGUCCCGUCGGAAGCCCGCCAGCCCCGGGAGGACCCUGCGCAACGGGCGAGGCGGUGAGGCCGAGCCCCUGGACCUGUCCCUGCGGGCAGGGCCGGGAGGCGAGGCUGGGCCAGGGGGUGCCCUCCACCGAUGCCUCUUCUGUCCCUUCGCCACUGGAGCCCCCGAGCUCAUGGCCUUGCACCUACAAGUGCACCACAGCCGCAGGGCUCGGGGCCGCAGGCCGCCCCAGGCCGAUGCAUCCCCGCCCUAUGCCCGAGCACCGUCAGGAGAAACCCCUCCCACUCCUCCGCAGGAAGGGGAGGAGGGCCCCGGGCUGUUAAGGUCCGGAGAGGCUGGGCUAGGGGGCCAAGAAAGGUAG